AAGCUAAGCGAAAGCGUAGGGUUUUCUUAUUUUCUUUGAACUUCUGGUGAGUCCCUAUCUUCUCACCCGCGCGCUUCUCAAGUCUCAACAUUAGUGGAGUAAGGCUUCUCCAGCUUCCUAGUUUUUCGAUCCUCCUCUCUUGAAGAUUCAAAGAACUUGUCAAGAUGCAGAACGAAGAAGGGCAAAACAUGGAUCUUUACAUCCCCAGGAAGUGCUCUGCUACUAAUAGGCUGAUCACUUCAAAGGAUCACGCGUCUGUUCAGAUUAAUAUUGGGCAUUUGAAUGAGAAUGGAGAAUAUUCUGGCCAAUUUACUACCUUUGCCCUUUGCGGUUUUAUCCGAGCUCAGGGAGAUGCUGACAGCGCACUUGAUCGGUUGUGGCAGAAGAAGAGGGUUGAGGUGCAACAACAUUAAAAGAGAUUAUUAAUUUUUAGAUUGCUUUGCCGGAGAGCCUGCUUGAGGGAGUAUAGGAACCAUUUUUGUGAUGACUCAAUCUCUUUCUGGUGACUUUAUGGUGACUUAUCUUGGUCUUACUUUUAUCUGGUCAAAACUAGGGUUAUGGAUGCUGAGAUACUACUUCCAUCAUUGUACUAUAUCUAUGUGAGGAUUCAAAACACUUCAGAGUUUAUAUCAACUAUUCAACUCCCA